UAUAUAAAGCUGAGAGCCGCUUUAAUCCGCAGCAGCAGCAGCAGGAGCGGAUCCUGAACGCAUCACAGCAGACUGAACUCACAGGUCAGCAGCCGGACGUCAUCAUGCCUUUCGGAAACACCCACAACAAGCUGAAGAUGAACUACUCAUCGGAGCAGGAGUACCCCGACCUCAGCCAGCACAACAACCACAUGGCCAAGGUGCUAACGCCCGAAAUGUACGCCAGCCUGAGGGACAAGGAGACGCCCAGUGGGUUCACCCUGGACGACGUCAUCCAGACUGGCGUUGACAACCCAGGUCACCCGUUCAUCAUGACGGUGGGCUGCGUCGCUGGAGAUGAGGAGACGUAUGAGGUGUUCAAAGACCUGCUGGACCCAGUGAUUGAAGACCGCCACGGAGGAUACAAACCAACAGACAAACACAAGACGGACCUGAACUCCGAAAACUUGCAGGGUGGAGACGACCUGGAUCCAAACUACGUUCUGAGCUCUCGGGUCCGGACAGGACGGAGCAUCCGCGGCUUCUGUCUGCCGCCGCACUGCAGCCGUGGAGAACGCCGCGCCAUCGAAAACCUCUCCAUUGAAAGUCUGGACCUCCUGGACGGAGACUUGAAGGGGAAGUACUACGCUCUGAAGAACAUGACGGAGGAGGAGCAGCAGCAGCUGAUCGAUGACCACUUCCUGUUUGACAAGCCCGUGUCCCCCCUGCUGCUGGCGUCCGGCAUGGCCCGCGACUGGCCCGAUGGCCGCGGCAUCUGGCACAACGACAACAAGACCUUCCUGGUGUGGGUGAACGAGGAGGACCACCUGCGUGUCAUCAGCAUGCAGAAAGGAGGCAACAUGAGGGAGGUGUUCACCCGCUUCUGCACCGGACUCACCAAGAUCGAGGGCUUGUUUAAGGAGCGAGGACACGAGUUCAUGUGGAACGAACACCUGGGCUACGUCCUCACCUGUCCGUCCAACCUGGGGACAGGACUGAGAGCCGGUGUCCACGUCAAACUGCCGAACCUCAGCAAGAACGACAAGUUCGGAGAAAUCCUGAAGAGGCUGAGGCUGCAGAAGAGAGGCACAGGUGGUGUGGACACAGCGGCGGUAGGCGGAGUCUUUGACAUCUCCAACGCGGACCGUCUGGGCUUCUCAGAGGUGGAGCUGGUGCAGAUGGUGGUGGAUGGAGUCAACCUGCUGGUGGACAUGGAGAAGCGUCUGGAGGGCGGAGAGAGCAUCGAUGACCUCAUGCCUGAGCAGAAGUGAACUGUGUCACUGUAACCUCCGACAGCCCCCCCCCACCCCCCACACCCCCU